AUGCCUGAAUUCGUAGUACUGACAGGUUCAGAUGCACAUAUAGAUACAAAUGGAGGUCCUGAGCCCGAUUUAGAUCUAGAUCCUAAUUCAUAUGCAUGUCCAGAUCCUGAUCCAGAGCCAGAUAUAAAUACAAAUCAAGAUUCUGUUCCUGGUAUAAAUUCUCAUUCAGAUGAAAGUCCAGAUCCUGAUCCUGAUCCAGUUUCAAAUCCUAUUUCUGACACAGAUUCAGAUCUAGAUCCUUAUCCAGGUCGAAAUCAUCAAUCAAGUCGAAAACCCUACCUAGAUUCAAAUCUAGGCUCAGCCCAAGACCCCAAACUUAAUCCAGAUUCAGGUCCAGAUUCACAUGUAGCUACAGAUGGAGAUCCAGAUCCAAAUUCUGAUCCUGAUCCUGAUUCAGAUCCACAUCCAAAUCCUGAUCCUGAUUCAGAUACAAAUAUAGAUUGA